GCUACGUGUUGCUCUUCACAUCAUCAAGCAGUGCAGAAACCCGCGGUUUGCAGCAGCCGGUGGCCAGCGGUGAGAUCACUGAUAGAUGGGCGUGACUGGGCAGGUCCAGUGCGACUUGGUCUGAAAAGCUUCCCGGCAAUUGUAUAGAGAGGGUAAAAACUUACUGCAAGUCGCAGCUUUCCUUUUGGGCAUCGAGAAGGGUGGACUACUGGGCUCCUUUUCAGCCAUUUUUGCAACCAGAGCCACUGAAUAUUAUCAUCUGUGUCGGAAACCACAAUCUCCUUCUCCUCUUGGUGCUGUGAACUCCUACCGCCAUGCUGUAUGCUCUGUACCUGCCCUGCUGCACAGUGGUCCUGUUGGUGCUGCUGGCGCCGGGCCUGGCCCAGUAUGAACACCUGGGCUACCCGCCAGGCUACCCAGAACCCGAGCAGGAGCAGUACACCGCCCCGCAGCUGCCACCCGACACGCCGCGGAUCCAGCUGCGAUUGGCAGGGGAGAAACGCAAGCACAAUGAGGGCCGUGUGGAGGUCUUCUAUGAUGGCGAGUGGGGCACUGUCUGUGAUGAUGACUUCUCCAUCCAUGCUGCCCAGGUGGUGUGUCGGGAACUGGGUUACGUGGAGGCGAUCUCAUGGUCGCCCUCCUCUAAGUAUGGGAAAGGUCAAGGACGUAUUUGGUUCGACAAUGUCCAUUGCACUGGCAAGGAGAAGACCCUGGCACUGUGCUCCUCCAAUGGGAUUGGUGUGUCGGACUGCAAGCAUAGCGAGGAUGUUGGUGUGGUGUGCAGCGACAAGAGGAUCCCAGGAUUUAAAUUCAUAAACACAUUGCCUAACCACAUUGAGAAUUUAAACAUCCAAGUGGAGGACGCGCGCAUUCGAGCCAUCCUUUCGUCAUACCGUAAGCGUAUCCCUGUGACGGAGGGCUACGUGGAGGUGAAAGAUGGUGGCAAAUGGAAGCAGAUCUGUAACAAGGAGUGGAGCCAGCUGAACAGCAGGGUCAUCUGUGGCAUGUUUGGCUUCCCUGGUGAGAGGAAGUACAAUGCCAGGGUCUAUAAGAUGUUUGCUCGCAAGAGAAAACCCGUCUUCUGGGACUAUUCGGUCAACUGCACUGGUAAUGAGGCCCACCUGUCCAGCUGUAAUCUGGGUCAUGCCGUCGAGGUGAAGUCCAACGGCACCUGCAGCGGCGGGAUGCCUGUGGUGGUGAGCUGCGUUCCCGGGAGAGCCUUUGCCCCCACGCCUGUGAGUGGCUUUCGGAAGGCCUUCCGACAAGAGCAACCGCUUGUCCGCCUGCGUGGUGGGGCCAUCGUGGGUGAGGGCCGGGUGGAGGUGUUGAAGAACAGCGAGUGGGGCACCAUAUGUGAUGACAACUGGAACCUCCUGUCUGCCACUGUGGUGUGUCGAGAGCUGGGCUUUGGUACCGCCAAAGAAGCCUUGUCUGGUGGUCAGCUUGGACAAGGUAUGGGCCCGGUGCACAUGAAUGAGGUGGAGUGCUCCGGCUUUGAGAAGUCCAUCACAGAGUGUUUCUUCAAUAAGGAGUCUCUUGGUUGCAGCCACGAGGAGGACGCAGCCAUCCGCUGCAACGUCCCAGCCAUGGGCUUCCAGGAGAGACUGCGUCUGAGCGGAGGUCGCAACCCCUAUGAGGGCCGUGUGGAGGUGCUGGUGGAGAGGAACGGCUCGCUGGUGUGGGGGACGGUGUGCAGCGAGGGCUGGGGAACCAUGGAGGCCAUGGUGGUCUGCAGACAGUUGGGCCUGGGCUUCGCCAGCAAUGCUUUUCAGGAGACAUGGUAUUGGCCCGGCGAGGUGAGUGCCGAUGCAGUGGUGAUGAGCGGCAUCCGCUGCUCUGGGACUGAGAUGUCGCUGUCCCACUGCCUGCACCAUGGAGCUCACCUCAGCUGCCCACGAGGAGGAGGACGCAACUCUGCCGGAGUCUCGUGUUCAGAGACGGCUCCUGACCUGGUCCUGAACCCUCAGGUGGUGGAGCAGACCACCUACAUGGAGGACAGGCCCAUGUUCAUGCUGCAGUGUGCCUAUGAGGAGAACUGUCUGGCGUCCGACUCCAGCCAAGUCCCGGCCAACUCCUACCGCCGCCUCCUGCGGUUCUCUUCCCAGAUCCACAACAAUGGCCACUCUGACUUCCGCCCUAAAGCCAGCCGCCACUCCUGGGUUUGGCACGACUGUCACAGACAUUACCACAGCAUGGAGGUGUUUACCCACUACGACUUGUUCGACCUCAAUGGCACCAAGGUUGCAGAAGGACACAAAGCGAGUUUUUGUCUGGAGGACUCCGAGUGUGAUGAGGGGACUGAGAAGAAAUAUGAAUGUGCCAAUUUUGGAGAGCAGGGCAUCACUGUAGGCUGUUGGGAUACGUACAGACAUGAUAUCGACUGUCAGUGGGUUGAUAUCACUGACAUCAAGCCUGGAGAUUACAUUUUCCAGGUUGUUAUAAAUCCAAACUAUGAAGUGCCGGAGUCGGACUAUACCAAUAACAUCAUGAAAUGCAGAUGUCGAUAUGAUGGCCAUCGCGUAUGGAUGUACAGCUGCCAUAAUGGUGGUUCAUUAAGCACUGAAACAGAGCAAACGUUCCCCGGCCUUCUUAACAACCAAGUGGCCCACAGGUAAAAGGAAAGGAGCGUGACCUGAUCAGCAUACCCCCAUAGAGAAAGAGAGACUGUCUGAAGUUAAACCGACCACUAGACUACAUCUCUGCUUUGUGGAGCAUUUCCACUGCCGGCCCCAACGAGGUCAGCUCCCAUCAUCCAACACACUCUCUUUGAAUAAAAACCCCGAAGACACAGGCCGUCUUUCUCCCCAACAGAGAGAGUAUUUCAUGUAUUCACCGUCAUCAUAAAUUCUUCCCGUCCUUAUACAAGUUUUCCGAGAACUCGCUUAUCUUAAAAUCAAGAGCAUGGCGGCUAUAUCCCAGAAGCUAUGUCUUGCCAUGUUGUGUCAUUAAAAGCACAUCGUCUUUGAAAUGCAGCAGCUCAAAUGAUAGAAGAAGACUCUCGGUUCAAAUCUCGUCCCUGAAGAGUUUGGAUGUCUGUGCCUCAUGAUUACAAGGAACCGUCUGUACAGAGGCAUGGCCUGUAUGUAAAACAACCACAGUGAUAGUAAUCUGACAUACCCACUAAGGCUGAACAACAUAUUGUUUUCCAAAUCAACAUUGUAAAUAUACACAUGUGCAAUAUGACUUUGCAUUGCAAAGGAUGCAGUGAAAUUCCAAUUGGUCCCAUCAGUCAUGUUAGGCUGAAAGUAAAUCUUUUUUAUGACUACUCUUGAAAACUAAGCUAUUCCAGUGCAUCUGUCAAAUAAUAUAAUUUAGUCUGAUUUAAUGACUUCUUGGUAACUUUCUUAUUUCCACAUAUAAAAUCAACCUUACCAUCUCUACAAUGAUCAAUUAAGUUCUUUGCAGGUGGAGCUUUGAAAACUUAAAUCUUCAUAUAUCUGCUGAAAUUAUUCAUUUUUAUUCUUUAAUGAUGCAAUACAUAUAGAAAAAAAUGCAAAAAUAUCACGAUUUUGACUUUUUUUUUUAACCAAUAUUGUUCAGCCCUAAAAGCAUUAUUCACAUCCAUGUUUAUCAGCUUCAUUCAACUUAGAUGUGGCUUUUUUUUUUCUCCACACACUGAAAAGACAGAGUCAGAAGAGAAAAGAUAUAUUAUUCAGUCUCAGAUGUCCACUCAUUCAUCUGAUAUAUUCAAAAAUACUCUGGCGCACAUUUGUCUUUGGAAGCUAACAUGUGACCUCAUUUUACUUUCCCCCUGGGUUUGGUUUUUUAUUUUGGAGGAUUUGUUUUCUGCAGUAGUUAUUUCUUUGCAAUUCUUGGCAUCAGUCAGGAAACGAGUCCCAAGUGCCCUAAAUGCCUCAUACAGCGAUGACACUGUAUUGAGAAACAGCAGACCCGGAGUUUCUACAGGGGGAAUAUUGCUUUGCACGUUUGCAGCCGUGUGCCCGAGGAUGGCUCUGUUGUAUGGUACUGGACUCUCAGUAAGCCGCUGUCUUCUACAGGAAGUGGCUGUCUGGUGGGAGAUGUUUUGUUCAUUAAAACGGCACCAGGUACCAUUUUUCAGCUAACAUCUCAUUAUUCAACUAAUUUUGGCCACAUGCUGUGAUGGCUAUGGGAGAAUGGCGCACUUGCUGUUCAGAUCAGUUACUAAGAAGCCUUGUGUUUGCAUCCCGGGGAAUAUAGGGAUGGUUUUACAGCACACGUAUGAAGUAUAGAAAUAUUACUUUACGUCGUCUGUGCACGUACAUGUAACUCUCCUUCUGCAACGGCUUGUCAAUAAAUGCACGUAUCUUGUCACGAUGCUAUGAAGAAAAUAAAAAGCCCUUGGGUUGUCUUUGCCACAGCUGACAUGGAAGACGUUGCUGAAAUCCCAAAAGUUACCUGGUGCCGCUUUGACACUCACUAAAUAACCUAUGGCAUGUGUUUGCUGAGACGAGGCGGCGUUCACCUUUUAAUAGACGUACGGUUUAAACCAUUCCUUUGCGCAUUAGUUAAAACGUAUUUUUACAGUGUUUCUAUACAAUCUAACCUUCUCCAUCAAACUCCAUAUUAGUAACUUAUUGUCAUAAAUGUCAGGGAUUUUAGAACUUUGUUCCUUUUAAAAAAAAUUAUUUUAUACAUCGAUGUGUGUGAGUCCUGUUUUAUUGUACUUGUUCGUAAAGGUGCUAUCAAACUGACCCUCUGUUUUCUGAGGGGACAGUGAAUGUUGAACAGCUGAAAGGCGAUGAUACAGUAUGUAUACUAACUGUAUACUUGAAUUGAGUGUAAGAAAACAAUGUGCUUUGUGUGCUAACUAAAAUAAAGGUCUGAGUUAUGAA